UACGCGGCGAUUUUUCCUUUUGGUCAUUCGUGCUCCUCUUCCUCUCGAGUUCUCUCCGCCGCACAGAUCCAAGAUAUUUUGAUCUCUGCCUCAUCGCCGGCGAAAAUGGUGACGGCCAAGAAAACGAAGAAGUCUCACGAGGGUAUCAACAGCAGGUUGGCUCUUGUGAUGAAGAGUGGUAAAUACACUCUUGGCUACAAGUCUGUCCUCAAGUCCCUUCGCGGCUCGAAAGGAAAACUAAUUCUCAUCUCCUCCAAUUGCCCACCGUUGAGAAGAUCGGAGAUUGAGUACUACGCUAUGCUCGCCAAAGUUGGUGUCCACCACUACAAUGGAAAUAACGUUGAUUUGGGAACAGCUUGUGGAAAGUACUUCCGUGUUUCAUGUCUGAGCAUCGUUGAUCCUGGUGAUUCUGACAUUAUCAAGUCAAUUCCUGGUGAUCAGUAAUACAAUUUUCGAUUUAAAUUUCCCCCGACUUUUAUCCUUUUUUGUAUUGGAGUGUCUACAAUUUUAUGAGCAAAAGACAUAGUGUUUCGUUUUUUUUUGUUAAGUUUUCUUAUAUUAAAAGGACUGGAUAAGAAAUUUUUGAAAGCAGCAAAUCAA